AUGGAGCCUUGCCUCAGAAUUUAUAGGCAAUUAUCAGAAGAGGUGUCUGGAAAAGAUGCCUUUUCAGAGGAAUACGCUGCCUGCCGCGGUUCUACCGCGACCGCGCCAGAACCGCGGCCAGAUAGGCUCUCUGAAUCUUCCUGCCGCGGUUCCACCGCGGUCGCGGUAGAACCGCGGCCAGAGAGACCCUCUGAAUCUUCAGCAAGAUUCUGGCGUUGGCGUGCAGACUUCCACUUUAGACACUUCGAUUAUUGUUUCCCACCAGACUUCUAUGCCAGGGUGGGAAUUGCGGGAGUUCCUGCUGAUACUAAGAAUAUGUGCAGAACUAGGAUAGUUGACGAUCAAUGGAUACUGAUAUGGAAUGAGGAAUUCGAAUUCCCAAUUCAUGUUCCUGAACUGGCUUUGCUUCGGAUUGAUGUUAAAGAUUAUGACCCCUCGGGAGAAGAUGAAGUUGCCGGACAAACAAGCUUGCCACUUUCUGAGCUCUCUUGA